UAUUUUUUUCCAUUUCCCAGGUUAGGUUUUGAGUUGGGAUAAUUUGAUAGAUAGAUUGUAGCUUUGCUGCAUGUCAUGCUUGACUGGCAUUUCAACUUAGUUCAUUGUUGACAAAGCCGUUGCCAAAACGGAAACAGACAGACUUCAAAAAGUACCGGCCGCCGAAGAAUUUGGCAGAAAGCAGAAAUAUGAUUGAGCGUGCUUUGUUUGGCGCGCUUUUUGUAACAAUAUGGAUCACCUCGGAAGCGUCACAUCUAGGUCGCCAACGAAUGUUCUCCAAUCCAGUGCCGGCGUGGGAGAUUCCUAAGCUACCCGAAAUCAGGCGCGUGAGUGUGCACCAGUCCAAACGAGCCCGGUUUCACGGCCACGUCCUCAGGGAUCUCAACACUACAUGUGGGAUGUCUUGCCAAAUGAAGAGGUCUAGCAAGCCGACGAACACUAGGGAAUUAGAAAAUGGACUUGCAUUUGAAACACUGGACAUGCAAAACUACGAAUUGACUAAUGUUAAAAUAGAAGUUGGCGACGUUCCACAGGAACUAAUAGCAACUAACGAAACAAAUAGCCUUAGCCCACAAACAGAAGAAAUUGACAUAGAUGACACAGAAUUCGAUGACGAUGUAGAUGUUCUUGAACGUAGAAGACGAAACAUUUUUGGCCUCGACACAAGAUUCGCAAUUCCUUCAAGAAAAUACACGACAAUGUACCCUUUCUCUACCGCAGUCAAAUUGUCUACGGGGUGUUCUGGCGUCCUGCUGUCUCCAAAGCGUGUUUUGACGUCAGCACAUUGUAUCCAUGACGGCAAAAGAUACGUAAAGGGCGUUCGAAAACUCAAAAUUGGCAAGCUUAUGAAAACAAUGCAAAAACAACGCGGAAAAGGCAAGCGCCGUAAAGCUGGCCGUGGAAAAAAGCAACGCAAAAGCAAGAAUAAAAAACCGAAGAAAGAUUCCACUAAUGAUGUACAAGGGGAUUCCAAUCAGCGUUCUAAACGAGAUGUUUCAUUCAUGAGAGAGCCGAUUGCACCGUAUUUCAAGUGGGUAAGAUCGAAACGUAUACAUAUACCACAAGGAUGGCUGGAUGCUGCAAAAAAUAGCAAGACGAGCGAAUUUCCCAUUGAGUACGAUUAUGCUGUUAUAGAACUUAAACGAGCACUCGGAACAGAGUACAUGGAUAUCGGAAUUUGUCCUGAGAAAGAAGCAAUCCCAUCUGGUCACAGAAUUCACUUCACCGGGUUUGAUACAGACCGUAGCAAUCAAAUGUUAUACCGUUUCUGCCCAAUUGAAGGCGAGUCUCCCGAUCUCAUGUACCACUAUUGUGACGCACAAGAGGGCACCUCUGGAUCUGGUAUUUACAUUCGGUUGUAUGACAAGCAAACCGAACGAUGGUCUCGCAAAGUUAUCGGCGUAUUUUCUGGUCAUCAACGAGUGCAGUUUCCCGACGGUUCUCACAAAGAAUUCAACACCGGGGUGCGUAUAACUCCUCUCAAAUACGCUCAAAUUUGCUACUGGACCAAGGGGGAUUACUCUCAAUGUCGUGGCGGAUAAAAGAACAUAUUUUCCCCGCUGUUUUUAUUAACUGAAUUGGUACCGUUGGGAACUGCCAAUUUACAGUAUUGAUUUAAACGCAUAGAAGUUCCAAUAAAACAGAAAACGUCCAACAUUUGGACACAUAAUAGCAGGUUAGAGAAAGAUGGUGGGUUACGUAAAAGAGAAAAAUCCACGGAUUUGCCAAUGUUAAAAUAUUGGUACUAAUGUUCAUAGGCAGAUUUUUCGGACACUGUAAUAAAAAUACACUAGAUUUACUGAUAUUCGAAAGUCUUUAGUUUGUAUUUUAACAUCAAUUUGAGUGGCGAAUAUUUAUCGUAUGUUUGAAUUGAAUUUGGCAGUAUAAGAUAACCGAUGGUAGAAAAUUGACUCGAAAAGUUUUUCAGCUUGUUCUAUACGUUGCAGCUUUUGCCAUCUUAAAACUCCAGUAACAAUGUUGAGAAAUUAUAUCAAAAUAACUAGCA